UUCAUGAGAUUCAUCGUGAGAAGACAGUAGCAGUGGACACUAUAAUUAACACCAAGAUGAACGACGCCUCAAAGACCAGGAUGCUGAGACUUUGUCUUAAUUUAAUUCUCGUCUGUGUUCUUAGAGCUUCUCUGCUGGCUGAUGGCGCUAACAUACGACUUGCUGGUGGCAAUCACUCCUGCUCUGGUAGAGUGGAAGUGUAUUAUAAUAACCAGUGGGGAACAGCGUGUGAUGACAGUUGGGACAUGAAUGAUGCGCAGGUGGUGUGUAGACAGCUUGGAUGUGGUAAUGCUGUCAGUGCACCUCAAAGUGCCCACUUUGGUCAGGGAAGUGGCCCAAUAUGGCUGGAUGAUGUUCAGUGUUCUGGAAGUGAAAGCGCCAUCACACAGUGCUCUCAUAAUGGAUUUGGAAACCACAACUGUGGCCAUGGUGAAGAUGCUGGUGUUACUUGCUCAGGCCAUAAUGCGAUCAGGCUGGUGAAUGGUGUGAGUAACUGUUGUGGUCGAGUGGAGAUCCAGCACAAUGACCACUGGGGAACAGUGUGUGAUGAUUACUGGGACUUAAAGGAUGCAGAGGUGGCGUGUAGACAGCUUGGAUGUGGUAAAGCCGUCAGCGCUCCUCAUGAUGCCCACUUUGGUGAGGGAAGUGAACCAACCUGGCUGGAUGAUGUUCAGUGUACUGGAACUGAGAGCUCCAUAGAUCACUGCUCACACAGAGGAUUUGGAGUAGAGAACUGUGGACAUGGUGAAGAUGCUGGAGUCGUGUGCUCAAACCUGCAGACUCCCACAUUGACUCGGAUCUCUCCAAACUCUGUGGUCUCACCUGGAGAAGUCCUUCAGUUCAGAUGUACCACACCCAGUCCAACAUGCAUCUCUGUGGACUUCACUUUGUAUAAAAACGGUACUUCAAUAAAGAAUCAAACUGCAGAGUCUACAACAACAUUUACUCUGACUGUAGAUGCCUCACAUCAGGGCCAGUACACCUGUGACUAUUCAUACAGGGAAAGUAACUCCACAUCAUCCAGGAGCAACUCCAUUACCAUCACUGUGGAUGGCGCUAACAUACGACUUGCUGGUGGCAAUCACUCCUGCUCUGGUAGAGUGGAAGUGUAUUAUAAUAACCAGUGGGGAACAGUGUGUGAUGACAGUUGGGACAUGAAUGAUGCGCAGGUGGUGUGUAGACAGCUUGGAUGUGGUAAUGCUCUCAGCGCACCUCAAAGUGCCCACUUUGGUCAGGGAAGUGGCCCAAUAUGGCUGGAUGAUGUUCAGUGUUCUGGAAGUGAAAGCGCCAUCACACAGUGCUCUCAUAAUGGAUUUGGAAACCACAACUGUGACCAUAGUGAAGAUGCUGGUGUUACUUGCUCAGGUACAGAAAACUCUUAUAUUAUGACCUUGUCAUCAAUGUGA